GAAACCUUCACACGACUACAUCUUCAUCUCCUUUCUGUUCUUCUACUUCCACCUCCGAUUUCCCCUCCUCACCCAAGAACUGUAUUAAAUGUUGCCAUAGAAGCUUCAGUAGACCGAUCUCCCCAUUUACACUAUUCAGCCACCUCCUUCCAAAUCGAUCUCCAGCUAUCCUUUCUACUCAAACUUCUCACCCGCGCACUAUUCAAAUAAAUUCUUGAAUAUUCGAAUCUAGAUCCACUGUUUUCAUUCAUAUUUAGCUACCUGCGUCAUUUUUCUGGCCCCUGCUUCCCGUCACCCAAUUCGAUAAUCCCGUUCGGUACUUCCGCGAGUCCCCAGGAGCAAGGAGACAAGUACGCAAGGUCGCAGGCGGCCAGUCGUAGUCCUGCAGGCUGCAUCUCGCACCCGCCUCACGCCCCCGCAUCCCCUCAGCCGCACAGCGCCCGCCCCUGCUUCGUGAUAGUCUGCUUAUCACAAUCUCACUUCUCAGCUUGUGGCCCUGUGGAAGUGACUGAGUGACUGGUUCCCUAGCUCCGCUAAUCGACCCAGCCCCAGGCAGCAGAAAUUCUGGAGAUUAUCACUGCACACUGUUGAGUAGGGUUUUCUUCACCUAUAUCAUGGAGCUGGGGUUGGUCAUUGUGUUGAGAGCACUAUGGCUUGCUGCAAUUCUUCCCAUUCUGAUUGCCUCAAUUCCUUCCUCCAAGUUUGAUUGGUUUCACACAUUCUUGCUGAGGUUUGCUAGGCGAGGAAAGAUCAUGCAAUCUUCAUCCCAUAAAUUGUCUGUCCCUCAAAAGUUCUUCUGUCAUUUUUAUGUUCUUGCUUCUCUCUGGACAGCCCUUCUGCUAAUUGCAAUGUGGGUUUAUGCAUGUAUGUCCACACUGAUGAUCUCCGAAAUGUCACUUUUUCCGAGCAUUGUGAGUGAACUGGCAGGAGGUUCACAUAAUCUUUCUUCGCACACAUCUCAUUCAAUAAAGGAAAGCGGUGGAAUUCUUUUAUCUGUCUUUCUGCUCUUACUAAUGGAAACCCACUUACUCCGACGCCUUUUUGAGUCAGUAUAUGUGUUUAAUUACAGCCCAUCUGCCAGAAUGCACAUUUUUGGCUACUUCUCAGGCUUGAUUUUUUAUGCAGCUGCUCCUUUGUCUCUUUGUUGUAAUUAUAUUUCAGAGGUUUUCAAAUUCACUCUGAUUUUGUUCCAAGAGUUUAUUUUGAAGGAGAAAGAUAGAAUGCAAGAAACCAAGUUUGUUUUGUCAGGGUUUGUAAAUCCCCUAAGUAAUCUAAGAUGGUACACAUGGAUUGGUGCUGCUAUUUUCUUUUGGGGUGUGAUUCAUCAGCACACUUGCCAUGUUAUUUUGAUCAAGGCUUUGGGCGUCGGGACAAAAGGAAAGAACAAAGGUUGGAUGCAAAGAAUAAGAAAUGAGGUCGAGCUUCGUGGGAGUAGAUAACGGCGGAGAAGGGCCCUGUGUUGGCGGUCAGUGGGACGACCUGCUUCGGUAGCCGGUGGGGCAACAUGUGACAGCUUAAAGGAUUAAACGUCGCAUAUUUCCGGGCCGGGUCAGCAAAAUAAACUAUAUCUGGCAUCGCUAUGGCGACCGACGCCUAGGAAGCUUCGGGUGAGUCGAUUGAGCAUGGUGAUUCUCCUCCGUUGCCGAGGCGACGCCUAGUUGGUGCUGAGGCGAUGCCGUGGGCAUGUUGAGGAAGAACAAACAACAAUCUGUUGAUUACAUAAUACCCUGCGGAGAUUGGUUUCAAUAUGUUUCAUCUCCACAUUAUCUGGCUGAGAUUGUCAUAUAUUUUGGUCUCGUGGUUGCACUUGGAUGCUCGGAUCUCACAGUGUGGUUACUCUUUGGUUUCGUGGUGGCAAAUCUCGUCUUUGCUGCGGCAGAAACACAUAGAUGGUAUCUGCAUAAAUUUGACAACUACCCUAAAGAUCGCUUUGCCAUUCUGCCCUUUGUUUAUUAAUGAUCAAUGACAUGGUAUUCAAAUCUGUUUACAUCCUCGCAUUUUAUCAUUAGAUGCAGAUUGAUGAGUGUCAUGAACUUUAUACAUGUAUGCAUUAAUGAUCAACUAUGAUGUAUAUUUUUGGUUGAAAUUAUUGAAGUUGAUGAAGCGUGAUCACU